GGCUUUAGUGGUCCUCAAGGCUUUAGUGGUCCCACUCUGUAACUGAUGGCCCGUGCUGCUCUGCUCAAUAUGGGUCAGAAUGGCAAUGAAUACCCCUACUGCUCUGCUUGAGAUAGGCAAUGGACAAGAUCCUGAAGGGCAUCCUGAAAUACAGACACACCUUUAGACAUGGCAUGGUGGAGCAGUUUGAGCAAGUCAAGGAUAAUCCCAUUCCUAAAGCAAUAUUCUUCACCUGCAUGGAUAGUCGGAUGCUGCCAACUCGUUUCACAUACACCAAUGUGGGUGACAUGUUUAUAGUGCGCAACGCCGGCAACCUGGUGCCACACGCGAAGCUUUAUGACACCGAGACGGUAUCUACGGAGCCGGCGGCGCUGGAGCUGGGCUGCAUCGUCAAUGGCAUCAAAAAUGUCAUCAUCUGUGGGCACUCUGACUGCAAGGCGAUGAACCUGCUGUACGACCUGCGGGACCCUGCGCUGGCGACGCCGGAGAAGCUGCACAUGUCGCCGCUCUCCGCCUGGGUCUGUCGGCACGGUUCCAACAGCCUGACCAAGCUGAUGCAGAUGCAGGUGUCAGACUUCAAGGCGCCGCUCGUCUUCGAGGGCGAGCUGCCCAUGCGCCGCUUCGUGGCCUACAUCGACCCGGAGAACCAGUUCAACAUCACCGACAAGCUGUCUCAGGUAAACACGCUGCAGCAGCUGCAGAACGUCUCGUCGUACGGCUUCUUGAAGCGCGGUCUGACGCGCGGCGAGAUCCACAUCCACGCGCUCUGGUUCGACAUCUACACCGGCAACAUCCACUACUUCUCGCGCCAGCAGAAGCGCUUCGUCGACGUCAACGAGGACACGCUGCCGCAGAUCUCGGAGGAGGUGCGCACUUUCUUCUCAGGACGGCAGUGAGGUGGUGUCCGUCAGCCCGUGGAGAGCUGGAGCCCGCCGAUCGUCGCUCGGACAGGAACAGAUGCCCGCCUGCCCGCCCGUGGAUAGCGGCUGGAGGCUCCCCCUCGCUUGUGAACUGAAGCCGGAGCCCCUCCCCCACCUAUGGGUGGGAGCCGAGGCUCCCUCCCCACCUGUGAGCAGGGCCGGGAACAAGCUGCCGGAGAUAGAAGGGCCUGUGGUGUCCAACAGCACGCCCUUGGGCGGGGCCGGCAACAGGCCGCCGCUGGUAGAACUGCCCGCCUGUGGGCGGGGCCCGGUCGUGAGGUCGCUCUUCUGUAGAAGGCGGUUCGGUAGUGACGUCGCACUAUGCCGCCUUCCCACCCGGCUGUGGGCGGAGUCCAGUGACGACCAGUAGAUCAGUGCUCUGCCGGCCCGUGCGUGUCAUGACCUUGCAGUGAGGCCUGCCUGCUGAGGCUUGUGUGGCCUUUCGGGAGGGAGGGGGAUGGUCCCAGCUCUGCCGGCGGUGCACGGCCGACAGGCAAGGUGUCCCUCUGAUAGUCUCUCGGUGCUCAGUGGUUGAACGAUUCGCUCAUUAUGGUUGCGCUUGCGUUUGUGGCAAAGGUUGGAAUGUGUGAUGGCUUUUUAGGCUCUGUUGCUCACAUCCCUGUUUGAUAUUUGUUUCUCGGAAACGCAACAUAGCGACUGCAAUUGUUUACUUGGGACUUUCUUUUGAGGUAAGUUUAUGGUAGCAUCAUUGCCAUGGUGCAGUUAAAGUCAUAUCUUAUCUCCUUGUAAUCUGAUUUGUUACAUUAUGCAUGACAUGACAAUAAUCAUUCCCUUUGUAGGCAGCGGUAGUGCCUUAUUUGUUUACUGACCUAGCUGGAGAUGGGCGUUUUAUUAGCCGCUAGCUUGCAAUGUAUCCCCAAACGCUGUUAACUCAGGGAACUCAAAUGAGUGGUGUAUGAGUUACGGUUGUGUGGUGCACAUUAAGCGUUCCUUUUUUCUUUUCUUUGUAGGGAGGCUGCAUGUUAUGAGGUGGAACAGUGUGUGUGAUAUCCAAGUCUUGUCUGCAGAUGUGAUAAGCUGUGGUGCUGGAGCACUGGGGUCUAUGUCUGACAUUGAACGUUGGUCUUAGUUCGAGCGGUUUUACCAGUGGAUGUGAUAAGUUGCAACAGCUUCUGAAAAGUUUAUGUUUAUUGGUGUUCUUGUUGGCCAAAAAUGUAUGAUUAUGGAGAUUGUGACCAUUCAAAAACGUCUUUAUUUAUAAUGACGAGAGUAUAAUUAAAGAUCAAUCUUCCAUCGAAGUACAACAUUCUGCAAUUGAUCCAGUCUUAGCCGUGGAGUGCUGAGUUUCUUGGAAGCAUGAGAACACCAACAAACAUCAAGACAAUGCGUUGUAGACGUGCCCGAGUAGUGGUUUCGUAUUCUAAUGGCAAGCCUAGAUAGUUUUGCGCGGGUGCAUCUCGUGCUAUGCUUUAGCCGAUAAAAAGACUCGUGUUCACGGUGUAUGGUGCACGCGUUCAGUACCUGUAGUUUCGUCAGUAACUUUUGUGUCCUCUACUAUGUUACUGAUCGUCUCAGUUCGUCAUGGACCCAACGCGAUUAGUUUCCAUAAAAGUGCCAUCUCCGAUAGAUGGUUCAGACCGUACCCCACCAAGCGCCGCGCGUGCACAGUAGUGUUCGUUGCCGCCCGGCUGCAGUGGACCGUUUUGUGGAUAUCGGUACCAUGAUCCGUCGUCGUCCGUUCAUGUGCAAGCCGUUGAACAUUGCUUUCCGUCCUGAUGCGUUCAUACCGCGUUUUCCGAACUUAACUUGCCGUCGUCCGAAUGCUGCUCGCUAGCGCUAUGACGCACAGUCCUGUUAGCAGCAUUGUCCUUCUUGCCAGGACACAUGAUGGCUGCAGUUGUGCCUAACAUUCACUGAGUACUGUGUUCUUUUUAUCGAAAGCAACGGAACAGAUAAUUCGGUAGCUGGUGUAAAAAGCUAAGUGUGAAUCUGCGUGCACAUGGCCUAGUGUCCGGGCUCUCAUGGUAUGGGCGUCAAUACUGUGGGAUGGCUGCAUUGUGCUCAUGCCCAGCUGCUUUAUAACGCCUUUAUAGCAAAGUACAAUGGACUGCGGUGUUGUCCGACGCUCCACGAUUAACUAAAAAAUACACACCUCCGAACAAUCA